AUGAAAUUUUGUUCCCUUUUGAUAAUUACUGCGUUGACUGUCACUAGCGUCUCGGGUCAACAGGGAAAUGCUCGAUCGACUAGUGCCGAUUCAGCAAAUGAUUCUACCAAUAUCAACACGGAUGUGACGAACUCGGACGCUAUAUCUCCUGAGGCUAAUGCUGUGGAUUCUAGUGCUGUGGAUUCUAGUGCUGUGGAUUCUAGUGCUGCAGCAGCUCUUAAUGCUUCAACGCCUAAUGCUGUAAAUUCAGACGAGGCGAAUUCAGAGACUACGAAAUUGGACUCUGCGACUUCCAAUGGUGAUUCAGAGGCUGCGACUCCUAAUGCUGCGAAUUCAGAGGCUUUGAAAUUGGACGCUUCAAGUAAAGUUGCGGACUCAGCUGCUGCAACUCCUAAUGCUGCUAAUGCGACGACUUCUAAAGAGGUGGCAACUCCAGCUUUGAAGACGGACAGUGCCGCAGAUGGUACGUCGUCAGCUGAUUUGCCACCGACUUCAACUGAUUCCUCAGGCACCACAGAGUCUGUCCUCUCACCAGCAGAUGCGGCCAUAGUGAUGACACCAUCCGCAACGGAUCCGAGAUUUUCACCAGCAACUUCGACCGAUGUUUCCAAAUCAAGUGACGCGUCGCAAAUCUCGUGUAUUGGAAGCAUUGCUAUUGCAACUAUUAUGGUCCUUGGCUCGUACUUUUUCUAA